UUUAUUUUGUUUACUUACGAUUUCACUUGAUUGCGUAUUCAGCAAGCUUUUACUCAAAAUAACUGAAAAGUAUGACCUCAAAUUCUUACACAAAAUGAGGGAAAAUGAGGUUACGAAGUUCUUAGUAUCAUUCAGUGGUCAUAUAGAGCAAGUACGGUUUCCAGCCGGUGUAUUCGACGAUCAACUUUAUUUGACUUAUGAUGUUGUUUGGGGUGAAGAUUGGAGCCCUGUUUCUGGUCUAUGUUCUGGGACCAGUCAGAUGGCGCGCUCGGGACGUGAUCCAGAGAGAGUGACAUUCAAUUUGCCUUUGGAAAUGGUUUUUGGCAGCACCAAUGUGUUCGGAUGGCCACAAGUUGUAGUAACAGUCCGAGCGAGGAACCCCUUAACCGGCGAGAGUCUACGAGGUUACUCUUUAUUCCUUCUGCCACCCACUACUGGAACUCACCAGCUCACAUCACAGUUGGUCCGACCAAGAUCCGCCACGAUGUUGGGGGAGUGGGUAGCUUGGUUGACUGGAAGGUAUCCCGAGUUGGCUGAUCCCAAAAUGUUGGCCAACGGAAAGGAUAACUAUUUGCUAAGGACAGAAUCAUACGGAAGUGUAACAUUGACGAUGACGAUGGUGUCAAAGGACCUUCGGAAACUUGGCUACGAUAACCAGCCUCCUGUUUGGAAGAGUGUUUAGAUGUACGAUGAUAUCUACUCAAUAAAAUAAAUGUUAGCGU